CGGGAGGAAGGAAGGACCUCUUGGCCCCUCACAGCAUAGCCCCAGGUACACAUCACUGAAAGGUCUUUCUUGGUCCGUCAUCUGUUUUGAGUUAAUCAGGUUUCCUCCACUUAGUAAAUUACCACUAGGAAAAAGCUCAGUUGUCUGUUGACUACACCUGAGAAUGUUUAAUUGCUUGUUAAUAUGUACAUGUGUUUUUCUACCACACGUACAUGUGUUUUUAAAAUAAAUAAAUAAAUUUUUUAAAAAUAUAAAAUGUUUUAUUUACUUUAAAAUGUUUUAAAAUAUUUUAAAAUUUUUUAUUGAAGUAUAGUUGAUGUACAAUGUUGUGUUAAUUUCUGCUGUACAGCAAAGUGACUCAGUUAUAUUCUUUUUCAUAUUCGUUUCCAUUAUGUUUAUCACCGGAUAUUGAAUGUAGUUUCCCGUGCUAUACAGGAGGACCUUGUUGUUUAUCCAUUCUGUAUAUAAUAGUUUGCCUCUGUUAUUCCCAAACUCCCAAUACUUCCCUUCCUCAGCCCCCUUCCCCUUGGCAACCACAAGUUGUUCUGUCUGUGAGUCUGUUUCCGUUUCGUAGAUAAGUUCAUGUGUGUCGUGUUUUAGAUCCCACAUAUAAGUGAUAUCAUAUGGUAUUUGUUUUUCUGACUUCGCUUAGUAUGAUAAUCUCUAGGCCCAUCCAUGUUGUUGUAAAUGGCAUUAUUUCAUUCUUUUUAAUGGCUGAGUAAUAUUCCUUGUAUAUAUAUAUGACAUCUUCUUUAUCCAUUCGUCAGUGGACAUUUAGGUUGUUUCCAUAAGCUUGGCUAUUGUAAAUAGUGCUGCUACUAACACUGGGGUGCAUGUAUCUUUUCGAAUUAUAGUUUUGUCUGUGUAUACGCCCAGAAGUGGAAUUGCUGGAUCAUAUGGCAACUCUACUUUUAGUUUUUCAAGGAACCUCCAUACUGUUUCCCAUAGUGGCUGCACUAAAUUACAUUCCCCCCCAACAAUGUAAGAGGGUUCCCUCUUCUCCACACCCUCUCCAGUAUUUAUUAUUUGUAGACUUUUUAAUGAUGGCCAUUCUGACCAAUGUGAGGUGGUACCUCAUUGUAGUUUUGCUUUGCAUUUCUCUAAUAAUUAGCGAUGAUGAGCAUCUUUUCACAUGCCUAUUGGCCAUCUGUAUGUCUCCUUUGGAGAAAUGUCUAUUUGGGUCUUCCGCCUCUUUUUCGAUUGGGUUGUUUGAGUUGUACGAGCUGUUUGUAUAUUUUGGAAAUUAAGUCGUUAUCAAGUCCCAUCAUUUGCAAACAUUUUCUCCCAAUCCAUAGGUUCUUUUCAUUUUGUUUAUGGUUUCCCUUGCUGUGCAAAAGCUUAUAAACUAGGUUAGGUCCCAUUUGUUUAUUUUUUUCUUUUAUUUCUAUUGCCUUGGGAGACUGACCUAGGAAAACAUUGAUAUGAUUUAUGUCAGAGAAUGUUUUGCCUAUGUUCUCUUUUAAAAGAGUUAUGGUGUCUUGUCUUAUAUUUAAGUUUUUAAUCCAUUUUGAGUUUGUGUAUGGUGUGAGGGUGUGUUCUAACUUCAUUGAUUUAUGUAAAAUAUUUUUAAAAUAUUUAUGUUUAAAUUACCAUGCAUUACAUUUCUUCCCUUUAUGCUCUUUUAUUAUCUUCAGUUUAUUCCUUUUAUUUACCCUCAACUCAUUUGAAAAUUGUGUGGCCUUGUAUUUUAACCUUUUUUUUUUUUAAACAUCUAGAAAGAAUAGAUAUUUCAUAUAAGAACUUACUUGUCCACUAUGUACACAGCACUGUUAAAUAAAAUUGCACACAUGUAACAAUGGUUAUAAUUGAGGUAUCUUCUAAAUAUGACCAUUUUGGCCUGAACCAUUUCCUCCCUCACUUCCUUCUCUCCACCGCCAAUCCAGUGGACAAGUACAUGCAUGUGUAAUGCUUAGAGGUGGUUGAACAAAUUCAUAUCCAAAAGUCAUUUACAGAAGACAAGCUUUCCUAUGAAUUUCAAUAAAGUGUACAAAAUGUGCUAAUUUUACUACUUUGUCAUACACUGGCAACCCCUUUAACAUCUAGAGACUAGAUGUUGCAAAACUAGGACUCAAUUUGUCCAUUAUAUACACUAUAUACACAGCAAAACAAAAUGAACAUACAAAAAAUGGUUUUGUCUGAAAAUGUCCAGGUAUGAACACACUAGCAUAUUACCUUUUGCAAUUCUUUCCCUCCCUCCUCCAAACCACUGAACAAGUAUAGACAAUAGUAUACUGCUCAGAGAGGUGGUUUAACAUUUAACAUUCCCAAAGACAGUACUUCCUGUGAAUUUUAGCAAAAAGAUAUUUACAAAGUGAUAUUUUACUACCUCUACAUUUAACAUACGUUGGGCACUUCUAAACAUCUAGAUGGACUAGAUGUUUCAAAUAAGGACUUAAUUUGUCCACUAUAUACAGAGCAGUACUGAAUGAACUGCACACUUGUAACAGUUAUAAUCUGAAAGUGUCUUCAAAAUACCAGCAUUCUAGCCAUUCUAAGACCAACCCCCUUCCCUCUCUCUCCCCGCUCCACCAACCCAGAGGACUAUAAUGCUCAAAUUUUCAGAAGACAGUCUUUUCCUAGAAAUUUUAACACAAAAUGUACAAAAUGUAUUAUUUACUAACUCUAUUUUUGUCAUACACUGGUAACCUCUUUAACAUCUAGAAAGACUAGGUGUUGUAAAUUAGGACUCAUUUGUCCAUUAUAUACACUAUAUACACAGCAAAGUGAAACAAAAUGCAGGAACAUAAAAAAGACAAUGGUUAAUCUUGCCUCACUGUAAGCACACUGGCACAGAGCUCUUUGCACUUCCUUCUCCUCCCCCCGACCUUGAACCAGUGCACAAACAAACACAGUGCAUACUGCGUACUGUUCAAAAAGGUGGUUUGGCCACCCCUCCCCCCUAAAACAACAUUUCAUACGAAUUUUAACAAAAACCUAUUUACAAAAUGUCUUUUUACUACCUCUACUUUGAACAUAUAUUAGGCACUUUAGAACAUCUAGAAAGAUUAGAUAUUUCAAAAAAGUCCUUAUUGUCAACUACAUAUACAGUAGUAAGGAGUAAAAUGCACACACAAAACAAAGGUUCUAAAAUGCAAAUGUCUUCUAACUGUGACCAGUCUGGCACAGAACCUUCUUUUCUUCCUCCUCAACGUCUUCCAUUCCAUGUCCUCUAACCCACUGAACAAACAUGGACCUGUGGCUCCUGAUGUCGCCUCUAGAGGUGGUCAAACAACUCCAUUUCGAAAAGUCAUUUACAGAAGACAUUUCUGCGGUUUUUUAAAAGAAACAAAUGGGCAUUUACAAGACAUGUGACUUUAACUCUAUCAUACGUCGGCAGCCUUUCACAUCUAUAACACCUAUAUGUAGCGAAAAGUUUUCUUUCGAAAGGUUGGGGGGAAAGUUGAGAGCAGCUUUUUCAUAUUAUAUACACAGGCCUUCUAUAAACGGCCAGUAAAUCUUCCCAAAGGGUGGCUGGCACUUCCUAUUGGCCGCAUGUGGUACGUUAUUCUACCAUUUCUAUCUUCCAACAUCGAGGUCUUGGUUAGAACGACGACCAACCGCCCGAUGACCCGCUAACGUUCCACCCGUCGUCGACCAGGGGUCCGCUCACCUUCCGGGCCCGUUAAGGCCUUUGUCCGUCGUUGUCCGGAAGAGCUGCAAGAAAAAGGGACUCCUGUAUUUUUAGAACUUUCCAUCUACUCCUUGAAUCCUUGGAACAACUCUCUGAGUUAUGCCUUCUCAGGACUCUGACCUUCCCCGGAAGGAGUGGGAGAAAAUGACCGAGUUUCAGGAGGCGGUGACCUUCAAGGACGUGGCCGUGACCUUCACCGAGGAGGAGCUGGGGCUGCUGGACUCCGCCCAGAGGAAGCUGUACCAGGAUGUGAUGGUGGAGAACUUCCAGAACCUGGUCUCAGUGGGACAUCUUCCCUUCAAGCCAGAUAUGGUGUCCCAGUUGGAGACAGAAGAAAAGCUUUGGAUGAUGGAGAGAGAAACCCAAAGAAACGGGCAUUCCAGUGAGAACCGCAAAGCUAUUAUUUCAGGCAGCAAGAAUCCCGAUGAGGUGGAGACUCUUGGAAAGGUCGCAUUAAAAUACCUUUCACACGAAGAGCCGUCUUGCUGGCAAACCUGGAAACAGGUCGCAAGUGAUUCAACGUGCUGUCUUCAGAGGAGGACUUCCCAUUUCCUACAAGGUGAUUCUCUUCAGGUUUCUGAAAAUGAGAACCAUAUGAUGAACCACAAAGGCGAUAAUUCCAGUUACCUUGAAAAUCAAGAAUUUUUGAUUUCGAGAACCCAGGAUUCCUGUGGGAAUACGUAUGUGAGUGAGUCAGGGAAUCAGAGUAGAGGUAAGCAAACAAACGGUAAGAACAACCCACGUAUAUGUGAAGCCUUCAUGAAGAAAUCACCCCUGAGUGAUCCUGUUAAAACUGACACAGAACAGAAACCCUGCAAAGGAGAGACACCGUGUCCCUGUAGAGAGUGUGGGAAAAGCUUCAGUGAUAGCAAAGUGCUCCCAAUUCAUCCGAGGGUUCGCCUGGGAGAGAAGUGCUCCCAUCUGCAAAGUCAUCAAAGAAUUCACCUGCGAGGGAAAGUCGAUAAAUGUCGUGAAUCCAGCGAUGGUUUCAAUAGGAACUCCUUUCAUCCCCGUCAAUCUAAUCACAUGGGAGAGAAGUCCUAUAGGUGCGACAGUUGUGGCAAGGGAUUCAGUAGCAGCACAGGCCUUAUCAUCCACUACAGGACACACACGGGGGAGAAGCCUUACAAAUGCGAGGAGUGUGGUAAAUGCUUUAGCCAAAGUUCAAAUUUUCAGUGCCAUCAGAGAGUCCACACCGAAGAGAAACCGUACAAGUGCGAUGAGUGCGGGAAGGGCUUCGGCUGGAGCGUUAACCUUCGUGUUCACCAGAGGGUCCACAGGGGUGAGAAACCCUAUAAGUGUGAGGAGUGUGGGAAGGGCUUCACGCAGGCCGCGCAUUAUCACAUACAUCAGAGGGUCCACACUGGGGAGAAACCCUACAAAUGCGAUGUCUGUGGCAAGGGGUUCAGUCACAAUUCCCCUUUGAUAUGCCACCGGAGGGUCCACACUGGAGAGAAACCGUACAGAUGUGAGGCGUGCGGGAAGGGCUUCACCCGUAACACAGAUCUUCACAUCCACUUCCGUGUCCACACGGGAGAGAAACCCUACAAAUGCAAGGAGUGCGGGAAGGGCUUCAGUCAGGCUUCCAAUCUGCAAGUCCACCAGAACGUCCACACCGGGGAGAAACGAUUCAAAUGCGAGACGUGUGGGAAGGGCUUCAGUCAGUCAUCAAAGCUGCAGACCCACCAGAGAGUCCACACAGGGGAAAAGCCCUACAGAUGCGACAUGUGCGGUAAGGACUUCAGUUACAGUUCAAAUCUUAAACUGCACCAAGUCAUUCACACUGGAGAAAAACCGUAUAAAUGUGAGGAGUGCGGGAAGGGCUUCAGUUGGAGAUCAAACCUUCACGCUCAUCAGAGAGUCCACUCAGGAGAGAAACCCUACAAAUGUGAGGCGUGUGAUAAGAGCUUCAGUCAGGCCAUAGAUUUCCGGGUCCAUCAGAGAGUCCACACGGGCGAGAAACCCUACAAGUGUGGUGUCUGUGGGAAGGGCUUCAGCCAGUCCUCUGGUCUUCAGUCCCAUCAGAGGGUCCACACUGGGGAGAAGCCCUACAGAUGCGACGUGUGUGGAAAGGGUUUUCGUUACAGUUCACAGUUUAUAUACCACCAGAGGGGCCACACUGGUGAAAAGCCUUACAAAUGUGAGGAGUGUGGGAAAGCCUUUGGGCGGAGCCUGAAUCUUCGCCAUCACCAGAGGGUCCACACAGGAGAGAAACCCCACAAGUGUGAGGAGUGUGGGAAGGCCUUCAGUCUCCCCUCCAAUCUUAGAGUCCAUCUGAGUGUUCACACUCGGGAGAAACUGUUUAAAUGUGAGGAGUGUGGAAAGGGCUUCAGUCAGAGUUCUCGGCUUCAAGCCCACCAGAGGGUCCACACAGGAGAAAAACCAUACAAGUGUGCCAUAUGUGGUAAGGACUUCAGUCACCGUUCACGGCUUACAUACCAUCAGAAAGUCCACACUGGCAAGAGUCUUUAAAAGUGAGAAGUCUGUUAAUGACUUCAGUCAGGAGGCACAUCUUCAAGGUUUUGGAGAGUCCAUGCUGCUGAUAAACUCUAUGAAGAAUUGAGAGUGGAAAGGGAUUCUUUCAGAUGGAAUCUUCCCAGCAAAUCCAUUAAAAUGGUGACAUAGAACCAUACAUAGUAACAGGGGAGAAAUAGGUUAUAACCCUCUUGGUAAGAUCCAUUUGAUAUAAAUGAUCUCUCAAAGUGAAUAUAUGCCUAAAGACAGUGUGUGAAAAGGAUAUUUGCUGUAUACUAACUAGUUUUUUUUUGAGGGGGGAUGUCAAGGAGGGCUUUGGGGUUUUUUCCAUCCACUUCCAUUUUAUACUUGUUUACAGUGACCGUUAUUUUUACUAAAGCUGUAAAACUAUGAAAAAUGAAAGGAAUAAAAUUACUAAAAAUUUCCUGUAGCCAAGAAUUUGUAAUAUGAUUGCUUUAUUUCAUAUGAUAUAUUGGAUUAAAAUUAAGGAAUAGAUCCCCAGAGAUGAACCUUUGCUCUUCAGAAGUAAAUACGUAUCUGCCGCAGAUGUAUAUAAAGGAAUGUUCAUUGCAUUAUUGUUUAUAAUAGCAAACAGAAAUAAUCAGUUGGGUUGCCAAAGUAUUUUAUGAUUUACUUAUCCAGUGCAAAUUGUUGCUAUGGAUGUUGGAAGAUGUCCAGAAUACAUUAACCUGGAAAAACAAAGCAUGGGACUUUUGUGUGAUCUCAUUAAAAAAGAAAAAAAAAAAAGGUAUUUAUUUUUACUUAUCUUUAAAUGAUGGGAGUUUGCUUGACAUAAUUUUUUACAUUUCUUUAAACUUCUUGUUUUGAAAUAAUUUAAAACUUUCCAAAUAUUGUAAAAAUUAUAUAAAAUCUCUCAUUAUCCUGUACUCAGAUUCACCAGUUAACAUGUUGGAGUCAUUAUUUUCUUAAUGUAUGUGAACGUGUAUAUAUGCACACACAUUGACAUAUGCUUUUUUUUAAACCAUGAGUAUGUUCCAGACCUCUUAGCCUUUGCAUCUGAAUACUUAAGUAAUACUGUAAGAACAAGGAUAUUUACUUACAUAUCUACAGCACCAGUAUAGCAUUCAGGAACAUUGAAUAUUGAUACAUAACAUCUAACCUCCAGACCUUAUUCAAAUUUUAGCAGUUGUCUCUCUCUCUUUCUCUCCCUUUCCCCCUCCUCCCUCCCUCUCUCUUUCCUUUUUCUUUAUUUUUUUGGUAGGUGACAGAAUUAAAAUCAACUUAUCAACAAAUCUUCAAAGAAAGAUCUAUAUUUGCCUUCCACAUAAUUUGAUUAUUCACCGUAUGAAUAUCCAGUUGUCCCUAUACCAGUUACUGAACAUUUCCCUUAUUCCCCACUACUUUGCAGUGCCACUUUUGAAGAAAAUCAGUAAUCUAUAUAUGAUUAGAUGGAUGUCUUGACUCUCAAUUCCCUUUGAUUGGUCUACUUUUCAGUAAUUUUACCAAUACCACACUGCUUCAGUUACCAUAGCUUUGCAACGAGUCUUGAUAUUUGGUAGAAAACAUUUUCUCAUCUUGCUCUCUGUUUUGAUGUCUUGGCAGCUUCCAGUUAGGGUAAUAGGAGAUAAAAACAGAACCACCCAUGAUGUGUGCUUUCCAAAAAAAAAUAAACCUGAAUCAAAUUGAACCUCUAAUUCUAACCACUGGUACACAGGAAAUACAUAUGGAGAAAUAUUUGUGACAACAUGAAUAAAACUGUAGGGCAUAUGCUAAAUGAAAUGAAAAAUAAUGCAUGGUGUCAGUUAUAUGUGGAAUCUAAGGGGAAAAAAAGGUCAAACUUAGAAACAUUUACUGUGAUGGUGGUGGUUGCCUGGGGAAUGGGGAGAGGUUGGUUAUAAAAAGGGUACAAACUUUCAGCUUUAAGAUGAACAAGGUCUGAGGAGCUAAUCUAUGGUGACUACAGUUGAUGAUGCAGCAUUGUAUAGUUGAAAUUUGCUACGAGAGUAGAUAUUAAAGGUUCUCACUCCUCUCCCCCCAAAAGAGUUAGCUAUGUGAAGUGAUGAAUGUGUUAAUUAAUUCACUUGUGGGAGUCCUUUCACAGUGUAUAUGUAUAUCAAUUCAUCACAUAUACUUUAAAUAUAUUACAAUUUUACUUGUCAAUUAUACAUCAUAAAGCUGAAAAAAGUUGAAUUUGUUAACCGUUAUCUGAGCAGGAUACCCCACUUACGCACCUUCUUUUUGAAUAAUCAUGGCUC